AUGCCUUUAGACUACGGAAUCAAAGGCAAAGUCGUCGCCCUUACAGGUGCAGCAUCAGGCAUCGGAUAUGAAACCUCCCUACUUCUCGCUCGGCAAGGCGCCCACCUUUCCAUCGCCGACGUCAACGAAACCGCACUAAAAGAGAAGACCGCCGAUAUUGAGAAAGUCAGCACGGGCAAAGUCCUAUCCACCACAGUCGACGUACGCAAAGAUGACCAGGUCAAUGCCUGGAUAGCAAAAACAGUGGAGACGUUCGGAAAGCUGGACGGCGCAGUGAACCUCGCUGGCGUUGUUCCCAAAGUGAUCAAUAAAGAACGAGUUGAAGACUUGAACAAUGAGGAUUGGCAUUUUGUAUUAGAUGUCAAUCUGCAUGGCGUCAUGCAUUGCAUGAGGGCGCAACUGCAGAACAUGAAUGAGAAGGGGAGCUUAGUUAAUGCAGCUUCGAUCUGUGGUGUCAUUGGGUUUCCGAAAAACGCUGCCUAUACGACAUCGAAGCAUGCAGUGAUAGGAUUAUCACGCACAGCAGCGAAAGAGGUUGGCGACCGCAAAAUCCGAGUGAACUGUAUAGCGCCGUGA